GUUGGCUGAUGACUGAGCUUUCACUCUUGUGCUGCACUUUCUGACGUGAUGGGAUCGGGCAGACCAGCCUCAGCCUGUGUUCAUCUAGCAUCUAGUGUCCAACUGGAUGGGAGGAGUGACCCCAGGAAACUUCAGACCCAGAACCAGCUGCGGUUUAAUAGGAAUGUUCCUACACAUUCAAGCAACUUGGCAAUCCGAUAUUCUUGCCCACAUGGAAUUAGAAUUGAAAAACUGAAGCACUCAUACAAUGAGUCAUACCAUUGUAGAGAUUCGGGUUUUAGAGACGGUCCUGACCUAAGCAGUUCUGUUUCAUUUUCUGUCAUAUCAGAAGAGAGACUUAGCUAUGCCGUCCAUCUAGCCAAAAGAGAUAUAAAACGAAGACAACUUGAAGAACAUAUAAAAGAACACCAUCUCAGAAGUCAGCCCCAAAUCUUUCAGAAAUGUGGACACUCUAACCAUAAAAUAUCUGACCAUAGAGUGGAAAGGAAGGAAUCAAAGAGUCGGGAAGUCUGUCACGGCAGCCGCCAGCCAUCCAAAGUAGAAAUUUCUAGCUCAGGUGCCAAGGUAUACCUGUACACAUCUCACCCAGGACAGUCAGACCUCACCAUGCCAAAUUCGCCACCCACUCGUGAUCCAGGACUUCAGCCACAUGCUAGGAUAGGUGACCACAAAAGCCUAUGCGGACACAAAAGCCUGCUGGAAGUUCAGCGACUCCAGAAAGAAUUGAGCAGUUGUAUCCAUAAAAUUGAAGAAUUAACUAAAAAAGAUCGCAUGGAAGAAGCUUUGGAUCCAGAUGAAGAGCGGAGAAUCCGUGUCAGGAGGCAGGAGCAGGCCGUCCGUUCUGCCCGAAUGCUCUACGUCCUCCGGCAGCAGGUUAAAGAAAUCCAGGAAGAAUUGGAUAAAUUGAGUCCACAUAAAAUUAAACACACUAAGAAGUCAUGGGCAGUGUCCAGGCUGGCAGCUGCCCAUCGAGGAGCCAUUCGGGCCUUACAGAUGUUUGUUACUCAGUUUACUGACCGGGUGGAGCACCCAGUUCCUACUUGGUGCAAGGAACUGGGCAGUCUCAUCCGCCAGCUUUCACUCUGUUCUGCCAAGCUGGAGGCCAAUUCUUCUGUCCCUGAUGUGGUGAUAGAUAUCCUGCAACAAACUGAGGCUUUGGAAUCCCUCCUGGAAAAGACACUGUCACCAAAAAAGGCAAAGAAAUGUUUCAGUGAAAUUCGGAGCAGAUUUCCUAUUGGUAGCCAAAGGGCCUUAGAGAGAUGGCGAAGUACAUCACCAAAGAGUGAGAGGAGGCCCUUCGUAGCAAAGGAGAUAUUUCCACAGGAAACAAGAGGACCUUCAGUGGCAAAGAAGCUUCUUGCUGAUAAGUAUCAACCUGAUACAGAGCUUCCAGUGACCCAGGGGUUGGAAAACGAGCUUGAUGUAUUAGAUGCGGAUAUCCUUCCGGAAGAAGCUCCAUCUAUUGUAGACCAAAAUGCGAACUUCAAAGAAGAGGCAUUAGCCCUGGCAAAAACAAGAGCAGGGAAAAAGAAGCUUGUGACUGAGAAUGUGCCACCCUUUAGGAAGAAAGAUACUCUGGCACCAGCAAGACUACAGCAAGGACUCCACAAAGCUGGAAAAAGUAGACCACCCCAAUGUUACAGCAAAGGCAGAUUGCAACGGACAACAGUCUCCUCCAGGUUAAAAAUGAACCAGCAGCCUGUGAAGAACCAUAGGGCUCCUUGGAUACCUCCAAACCCCACAUCCCCGCUGGCAUCUCCUAAAUGUGCUGCCUGGCUAAAGGUGAAAUCUAGCCCCAAAGAUGCCGCAAAAGAACAGUCUCUCCAGCAAGAAGAUACUCAAGAGGAAAGUCAGUUGAGAGGUGCUGUUGAGCACGAAGCAGUGAGUGUUUCUGCCACCCACUUAGCGGAUAAGGUAGAGAAGGCAGUUCUGGAGCGUUUGAAGCCUCUCCUGGUCAAGGCCCAGAGAGUCAAUUCUUCUCUGGAAGCAGAUGCUCAUUUGAAGGAUCGGCUCUCAGUGAUCGCAGCAACAGCCCGGCCUGCAGAGAAGGCUACAGCUAUUGAUUGUGAAUCCAGUAGCAUUCAUCAGCUGGAUGAUUUUUUGGAAGAUGCCGCUCACGAGCUCUGGGCUGUGACUCACUCUAAGAUCUCGGAGCCUGAGGCCUUAGCCACCUGGGGGGACAGCGAGGACAGCCCACGCCUGGAGGCCAUGAUGCUCCGCAUGGAGGAAAUGGAAAAAUACCAGGAGACGGUUCGCCAAAGAUAUAAUAAAAUUGUAUAUACUGAUCCUCAUCUUUGGAUGCAGGAAGAAAAAAAUGACCAGAAAAUCCCAGCAGUAAGUGAAAGGUGUCUUUCUCCUCAUCCAAUCAGGAUCACAAAGACAGCAGCUCGCAAAGACCCAGAUGUGAACAUCGUGUUAGAAAGGCCCUGCAAUGGCACUUCCCUAGAUGAAAGUGUGGGAACAGAGGAGAGACCGGAGAAAAGAGAGACUCCCCUCCUCUCCCUUUCAGAAGGUGCUCAGCAGAGGAAAGGCCGAGCUGCCAUCUUCGUCCCGCGGGGCAUGCGGCACAGCAUCGGUGACUACUGCCGCCGCUUCGAGCAGUACCUCCGAGUUAUUGCGCACGAGGCUGUGGGCGCCUUCAACCCGUGGCUGAUAGCUGAAAGCUUUGCAGAAGAGCUUGUAGAUGAAGCUCUGGGGGCCGUGGCUGCUGAGCUUCAGGAUGUGUGUGAAGAUUAUGCAGAAGCCGUGUUCACCUCAGAAUUCUUGGAGGCGGCUACAUAAAGGCUCUCCAAGGUGGGGCCCCCAGUGUCACUGGUGAGGGGACGGCACCGCCCUUUCUACUAGCCACGGGAAUCUUUGCCCGCAGCUGUCCAUCCAGGCCCAGAAGGUGCUGCCCACUGACAGGAAGGAAGUGCCAGUGAGGCCAUCCCCACUUUGCAUCUUCUCAUCGUCAGAGCGAUGGUUCUGGUAGUUUAUGAUGGAAUGUGUUAUAUUUAUCAGUGCCCAGGAAACGUGAAUCAAUUAUGACUGUAAUAUUUUCUGAAUGUAUAAUUUUCCCAUUGAAAUACCAUGUUCAUUACACUGGCUCAGUUUGGUGAUCAGAACGUUUUGAAAGAUAACAGAUAAGUCUGUUUCACACAGGGAUUCAAGUUGCUGUUGAUCUGUGGGUGGCCUUGAUGCCAGCACAAGUGCAAUUACUGUCUGGUCCCAUCACCUGGCUCGUGUUUGCUUCUUUGACAGUUUCCUACCAGGACACCUGUCCUGCCGGGUUACAGACUUGUGUCGAGCACAGGACUUAGUUAUGCUGCCAAAACUCUGCUCCAUCAUUAAGAUAGGAACCCAGCAGUUAUCUGUGUACAACAAUAAACACACAUUUCUCUAAUUCUCAGUUACUAGGUGCUUCUUCACAUUUUGAGUUCCUCAAGUCUUCUGUCGCUGUGGGUUGACACAUUCUGAUAUACAGAACUCUGAAUUCAGAGGAAAUUUGAGGACAUCAGGAGAGGCCGGCCUUCUUCUGGGGCCUGGUCAGAGGUACAGAGCUCACCCCCCUCUCUGCCGAGGUCACAAGUUGCUGUGUUUCCACACCAAAAAGGAGCCUGUGUGGGAGGAGAAAACAGAUCUGGAUAGUGUGAAGACCACAGGGUCUCCCCCAAGAAAGGAAGAAACUUUAAGAACCACUAUAGCUUGGUCCUCGAACGUCUUAUAAGUCAUAUUUUACCAAGAGAAAAGCCUCUGUGUUUUCAGAAACUCUGGAUUCAGAAAAAGAAAAGGAAUGUGUAUAAAAUAAGGCCACUGCCUUGAAAAAGUUUCCCUCACUUUUUUGCCUGGGGCUUGGUGAAAGAAAUGUGGAGAACGAGUGAUGUGAGACAUACCCCACAGAAUAAUGUGAAUCCUUUUAUAGCACAUAUAGUGUUGUCAUCUGGGAUUUUUCUCUGAAGUACAAGUAUUUCAGGUGAUAAUUUAAGCUGCUUGAUCACACUUAUUUGUGCAAAAUUGAUUUUUGUUUAAUGUUAAUGUUUUCCUGCUUAAUUUUAUAUAAACUCAGAAUUUAAAAGGCUUCAAGGGAAAUUAAAGGUCCUCUAUUUGAGGAAUUAUGUACGUACACUUGAUAGGAGUGUCUGUUACUGGUAAUUUGUGUGGCAGUUUUGACUGUGCUCAUUUUUUAAAUAAACUCAAUAUUUUAAAGUAUGUGCAUGUCGGUUUGAAA